AGCUAGCCCAUUCUUUCCUAUAAUAGACAAACUGUAAAAGUCGUCGUUAUCACGACACGUAAAUAUGAUUCUGCCUUUAUCUGUGGAUUGACAGUUCUCUGUGGUGAAAAAGGAACAAGAAAAAAGAAUUUUUAUCUCUCUCUAUGUUCAACUCAACUGGUACUACCACCAUACAGAAUAAAAUAAAAUACCUAAUCCUGGAAAAGUUGUUGCCUGUGAAGGAUGCCUUCAGCUGCGAAUGCAAAAUCUGAAAAACCAGCCUCUUCGGAGGCAAUGGAUAACUCACCAAUACGACAAAUUAUGACGCUAAUUGAACACAAAAUCAGGAAUUUGGAGAAAAGAAAGAGUAAGCUGACAUCAUACAGAGAUUUACAAAAAGCCGGAAAAGAGUUGAACUCUGAUCAAAAAUAUGCAGUUUCAAAGUAUGAUGAAGUUGCUCAAACAUUGGAGUUUGCAAGGGAUCUGUCAAAGCAGUUAUCAUCAAUUGUUACAGCAGCUGAACGAGAUGCCAAAAAGCAAGCAAAGAAGGAGGCCUGGGUUCGUUAUGCAGCAGAUACCAAUAAAAUUCGGGAAGUUCUGUUGAUACUUGAUUGCCUAACACAAAUGGGAAACUCGGAGGCCAGAGAUGACUUUCUUAAUGGUACUAAUGGUGCAACAAAACUUUCAGAAGAAGAUCUAAAAAUUUUGGAUGAUUUAUACCCAGAAGUAACUCCCAAGCAUGAACUUAAUGAAGAGGGCCAAUCAGCUUUUCACAUUCAAACCACUAAAGCUGCUGAACAUCUGUACCAGAUCAUUGAUGGAAAGCCCAAAGAUGUCCUUGGAACCACUUACAGUCACAUAAAGGAAAUUGUGAAUUCAGUGCAUGAAUGUGGAUACUUUGACCGUGUAUUGGAGGCAACAAUUGAGGUAGAGGAAACCUCAGUCAUUGUACAAGAGGAAGAGCUCCAGGAGCCCAUUGAAGAAGAUAUAGAGGUGGAGCAAGUGAAUGCUUACCCUCCCGCUGGAGCCCUGCCAGUCCCUCCCGCGCCCGCCGUAGUGCCCGCGCCCGCGUAUCCCCUACGCCCUCUCCCACCCAUGACAUUACAGGAAGUCGAACACGCCUACUUCUCGCAGUAUCCUCAACAGAGACCUAUCACCGAAGUGAUUGGAUCACAAAACUUCUUCUUCCUGCAAGAGUCUGAGAUCGACAGCCCGGUGGGUACACCCCAACCUCCGCCGAUUCCCAAUCAACCAUCCCCGCCAGGGCCGAUUCCGACACAGACCUUCACAAACCAACACUUCGUACAGUUGCCAGGUGGCCGCGUGCCCGAAGGAGGCCUUCCGUUGCCGCCUCAGCCUCAUUUCCCGCCGCAUCCUGAGCACGCUGGUUUCCCUCCUGGCGCGGGCGUACCGAUGGGUGCGCCCCUACCUCACCCUGCACACGUCGCCCCGAUACCGACCGGACAUCCCAUGCCGCCUCCCCAAGCCGUUCAGCCGUUAGCGCCAGUGUCCUCGGCGCCCGUUCACGCUCAAGCCCCGGUCCCUGUCCUAGCUGCUACUCCAGUAGAAGCUUCGCUGUCGACCGGCUCAAACCAAUCAGAAGAACGAAGCCCCCCACCACCAGUCGAAGACAAAAAUGACGACGAAUGGAAAGACAGUCUCAGCCCUGAGCACGAGGAGGGCGGGGAGCGCAAGAGCGAUGGUCAAGGUGACGGGCAGCACAGAUUCAGGCGGUACGGGCGCGGGCCCCCACGGCCCGGUCGGGGAGCUCCCAACGGACAUCGCGGGCGCGGCAACUUCUCCGGCAGGCAGGGCGGCGACAGCUACCGACCGCGCCACCAGGACUACCAGAGCAGGCCUAACAAGGAGUCAUAUCAGGGCCGCCAGUACGACGGCUACCAAAGCAGACACAAGGACGGCUAUCAGAACCGCGCCGCCGACGACGGCUACUACGGCAACGGCGACGCGGCUGAGCACCGCGAGCACGAGAACGGUCGCGGGGGCGGCGGCGAGCGGUACGGCGACUCGGCGCAGAGCUACCAGGGCGGGUUCAAGGGCCGCGGCCGGGGCGCGCCCCGCGGCGGCUCGCGCGGUGCCCCGCGGCCCCCGCGCUCUCACCAUUACAACAACCGCAAACCUGAAAACGUUGAAUAGUUCACGUGGAACGCGACGAUGCACCGCAUCGUUGGUGGCUUCGUCUUAUAAAUUAUUAUAAAUAUCCUAUGAUGGACAAAAUCAUUCGUGGAAGGCAGAUUUCACCGGCAACAACGCGCUGUGGUAAACGACAAACAGAGAUUAUGGUAUAUAAAAUAAAUAAAAAAAUUAUAAAAAAAAAGAAAAAUAAUAAAACCUGAAACUCGAUAAAAAAUAAGUUACUUGAAUUUAGAUGUAUGAUAUAUUGCAAUUAUUAUAAGUUACGUAAUUCUAGAUUCUUGUAUAGGUUAUGGUCACACAAGUGACUAUUGACGCGGUGUGUGGAGCGGCCGUGUUUCGUUCAGUACCUCUUGCGUGCCUCGUCCUCGUGAUAAUUUAAGUACAGGAGAUGCACACAACUGACUAAACACUGUCUACCGGUACCUUUCCAAAUGUCAUUGAUCUUUGUACUUUAAUACAGCAACUGUUUGUUUUAAUGGUAAUUAUUAAGAUAUACUUACGAGACUCUGAUCCAGUAAAAAGUAAACUCUUGUUUAUAUAUUUUGCUUUUAUUAAGAGUAAAUUUUGAGAAUAACUAUUAUUUUUAGUAAUGUGAAAACAAUUGCAAUUGGAAUCAUUUUGAUUAAUGAAGGAAACAUUGUAUGCGGCAUUAUAAUUCACGGGCCAUAUUUUUUAUUUGUUCAAUGUCGCUGUGAAGUGCUUUAAUUUUGUAUUGUCCUGGCUUUCUCACAUUCAUAACAUUGUUCUCAAUAGAGGCUGUGUGCAAGCAAAUUAAAAGUAUUCUACAA